CCCAUAGCCCCGGGAAUCUGGUUUCCGGCGGGAACGUGGAUUGCAGGGUUGAGGAGUGGGUCCCCGUGGGCACCCGCGGAGUUAACCCCGGGGCAGCACUGUCCUUGGGCUCCCGCCAGCAUGCCUCAUCUGGAAAACAUCGUGCUUUGUCGCGAGUCUCAAGUGACCACGUUGCAGUCCUUGUUUGGGGAGAGACAUCAUUUCAGCUUUCCAUCCAUUUUUAUUUAUGGACAUACUGCCAGUGGAAAGACCUAUGUAACACAAACAUUGAUGAAAACUUUAGAGCUCCCACAUGUCUUUGUGAAUUGUGUUGAAUGCUUUACUGUACGACUGCUUUUGGAACACAUUUUAAAUAAGCUGAAUCAACUUAGUACUUCUGAAAAUGAAUGUUCUACUCAAAUAAUCUGUGAAGCUUUUAAUGACUUUGUUCGUUUAUUUAAACAAGUAACUAAAGCAGAAAAUCUCAAGGAUCAAACUGUAUAUAUUGUUUUAGAUAAAGCGGAGUAUCUAAGAGAUAUGGAAGCAAAUCUUUUGCCUGGGUUUCUUAGGUUGCAAGAGCUGACUGACAGAAAUGUGACUGUUAUCUUUCUCAGUGAAAUUGUUUGGGAAAAAUUUCGUCCGAAUAAUGGAUGCUUUGAGCCAUUUGUCUUGUAUUUUCCUGAUUAUAGCAUAGGCAACCUCCAAAAGAUACUGUCCCAUGAUCACCCUCCAGAGUAUUCAGCUGAUUUCUAUGCUGCCUACAUUAAUAUUCUUCUUGGAGUUUUCUACACUGUUUGCCGGGAUUUAAAGGAACUUAGACAUCUGGCAGUACUAAAUUUUCCCAAAUAUUGUGAACCUGUGGUUAAAGGAGAAGCAAGUGAACGUGAUACUCGUAAACUCUGGAGAAACAUUGAACCUCAUUUGAAGAAAGCCAUGCAGACUGUUUAUCUCAGGGAAAUAUCAAGUUCACAGUGGGAGAAGAUACAGAAAGAAGACACAGAUCCAGGACAACUGAAAGGUCUCUCGGCAUAUACUCAUGUGGAGCUCCCUUAUUACUCUAAGUUUAUUUUAAUUGCUGCAUACCUUGCAUCAUAUAAUCCAGCGAGAACUGAUAAGAGAUUCUUUCUUAAGCAUCAUGGGAAAAUCAAGAAAACCAACUUUCUAAAGAAGCAUGAAAAGACAAGCAAUCAUCUCCUUGGACCAAAACCAUUUCCACUAGACAGAUUGUUAGCAAUAUUAUAUAGUAUUGUGGACAGCAGAGUUGCUCCAACAGCAAAUAUCUUUUCCCAGAUUUCUUCUCUAGUCACACUUCAGCUGUUAACCCUGGUUGGCCAUGAUGAUCAACUUGAUGGACCAAAAUACAAAUGCACAGUAUCAUUAGACUUCAUCAGAUCUAUUGCUAGGACGGUGAACUUUGACAUAAUAAAAUACUUGUAUGAUUUCUUGUGAAAACAAGCCUCAAAGCCAUAUGGACAUUGUGACAAUGACUAAGCCAAGCUGUGUUCAUCCAGCUACUUAGCUGGCCAGGGAGAGGAGUUCUUUGGCUGUAUUGGAUUUGUCCAGACAGGUGCUGGCCCAGCAUGGAAUCUGAUGAAAAUACUCUGAUUGGUCUGGGUGAAUGUGAGCAGAAGACUAUUUACCAGGGGCCCUGGAGUAUUUGGAAGCAAUGUGUUAAUUAUAAACAGCAGGGUUUGAGCACAAUCUGUUCUACUCUUAAUGAUGUUAUCUUAACACUGAAAUUGCCUGCAACCCAUUUACUUAGGACUACAUUUUGCUCUGUGAACUAUCCCCUGCGCUUUGAACAUGCCAGCAGCCCUUGUAUAUAAGCCCAGUCUUUUCACUUCCUCUCCACAGGAACUGCUACAGUUGCUUGCCAAAGCAGGUUUUCCUAAGGCCACAGUUUUAAAAGAUGAUAGUUGCAAAAUAGAAUAAACAAAAGUUUCUGAAAAUCAGAA